CAAUCCGAGCCUCUGCCGGGCUGUGACGUUAAUGGGAUGGGGCUGCCGCGUCGUAAAGGAGUGUGGGGAGAGGGUGUAAACCUAAAAACCGGUGGCUCCACCAGGAAACCAGGAUAACCAGACAGACUCAAUUUAACUCGGAUCAUUCCGCCGGCUAUACCUGCUUCAGUUUUCAUCAUGCUGUCUGUGUCUGAAUCUGUGUGUGGUGAGAGCUAUGAAGAGUAUAAGACGACAGCUGAUUGGCUGCUGUCCAAAACGCAUAUACGGCCGAAAGUGGGAAUCGUGUGCGGCUCAGGGCUCGGGGGGCUGGCUGAGAUGCUGAAGGAGCCUCAGUACUUCAAGUACAGCGACAUUCCCAACUUUCCCAAGAGCACAGUGCAUGGUCAUGCUGGCCGUCUGGUUUUUGGAACGCUAAAAGGCAAGCCGUGUGUUUGCAUGCAGGGCCGGUUCCACCUGUACGAGGGAUACCCCAUCCAGAAGAUCACGAUGCCCAUGCGGGUCUUCAAGCUGAUAGGCGUGGAGACGAUUUUCCUGACGAACGCAGCCGGAGGCCUCAACCAGGACUACAAGGUGGGAGACGUCAUGAUCAUGAAGGACCACAUCAACAUGCCGGGGUUCGCUGGGAACAACCCGCUGGCCGGACCAAAUGACGACCGGUUUGGCAUCCGCUUCCCCUGCAUGUCUGAUGCCUACGACCGAAAGCUGCGGCAGAUGGCCCUCGACGUGGCUUCAGAGCUGGGCUACAACGACUUCUUCAGGGAGGGGGUGUACUGCGUCGUGGGGGGUCCGUCCUUCGAAACCAUCGCUGAGUGUCGCAUGCUGCACAGGCUGGGCGCUGAUGCUGUUGGGAUGAGCACUGCGCACGAGGUCAUCGUUGCCCGUCACGCCGGGAUGCGUUGCUUCGCCCUGUCGCUAAUCAGCAACCGGGCGGUGAUGGACUACGAUAGCCAGGAGAAGGCCAACCACGAGGAGGUGCUGGAGACGGGCCGGCAGAGGGCGGAGCAGCUGGAGAAGCUGGUGGCCACCAUGGUGUCCCGGCUGGAGCACGACAACAACAACGACUCCUUCUGAACACAUGCCGGACUUCAUCACUUUAACUGGUCCUAGAUCAGCUGUUAGGCUCUGAGAGGAUAUUUUUUAAAUGCUUGUUACUGUAUAAUGCUAGAGAUGUUUCCCCCAGGCUGGGUUUACUACUUGAUGAACUGCUUGCUACUUCACUGACUGUUACUUUAAGUCUUAAAAUCCUGGGAACUGCUACACCAAUCUAAAACACUCCUCUUUCAGCAACGUUUACAUUUUGAAGGUGAACAUGUAAAUGAUACGCAGUCAUUCUCCUACAUUACAUCCAUGCUUGUGAUUUAUCAUGCUGAAUUCUGCUCAGUGAAACGACUUGUAUUGUACUUUCUAAAGAAAUAACUUAAGAUGACAUAUUUAUUGUUCAGAUAUUUUACAUUCCCCGACACGAGUACAGUGAUGUUCACAUUAUCACACGUCUUCACGAGGUCAUGGCUAAAAGUAAAAAGAGGUUUAAGAUGUUCUAAAUUAUUUAUAAUAAUAAUAAUAUUUAAGUGUUUUUAUUUUUUAGUUGCUUUUAUUAUAUAUCAAGAGCUUGAAGAAAGGGAUUAUUGGACCGUUACUAAAGCAUGUGUAUUUGAUUUAAAUCUUCCUCCAUGUCUUAUCACUGUGUUAGCAGACUGGGAAUUCCUGCUUUAAGAGGUACUUCACUAAAAAACGUUGCAAAUUGUGGUUAUUACUUUUACAGUAAAAUGACUCAACUCAA